AUGCCCAUCCCUGCCUCCUGGUCCCACCCUCCUCCUUUUUGCCUGCAGCUGACUCUACUGCUUGGACUCACAGGAGUAGCAGGUGAGGACAGGCUGCAGGUGAUUCAGCCUGAGAGGUCAGUGUCAGUUGCAGCAGGAGAGACGGCCACGCUGCACUGCACCGUGACCUCCCUGCUCCCCGUGGGGCCCGUCGCGUGGUUCAGGGGAACUGGGCCAGGAAGAGAGUUAAUCUACAAUCAGAAAGGAGGCCCCUUCCCCCGAGCAGCAACUGUUUCAGACGUCACAAGGAGAAACAAUACGGACUUUUCCGUCCGCAUCAGUAACAUCACCCCAGCAGACUCUGGUGUCUACUACUGUGUGAAGUUCAAGAAAGGAGACCCUAACGACACGGAGGUUAAGUCAGCACAAUCAUGUUCCUUGUUUAUAAACGUUCCUUUUGUAGCCAAGCCUUCUCCUCCCGUGGUAUCAGGCCCUGCCGUGAGGGCCUCACCUGAGCAGACAGUGAGCUUCACCUGCACAUCCCACGGCUUCUCCCCCAGAAACAUCUCCCUGAAAUGGUUCAAAAAUGGCAAUGAGCUCUCCGCCUCCCAGACCAACGUGGACCCAGAGGGAGACAGCGUUUCCUACAGCAUCUCCAGCACAACCAGGGUGCUGCUGGCCCCGGGGGAUGUUCACUCCCAGGUCCUCUGCGAGGUGGCCCACGUCACCCUGCAGGGGGGCCCUCCUCUCCGUGGGACUGCCAAGCUGUCUGAGACCAUUCGAGUUCCGCCCACCUUGGAGGUUACCCAACACCCCACAGCGGGGAACCAAGUGAACAUCUCCUGCCACGUGAACAAGUUCUACCCUCAGCGCCUACUGCUGACUUGGACCGAGAACGGAAAAGUGUCCCGAACAGAAACAGCCUCGACCCUCAUAGAGAACAAGGACGGGACCUUUAACCGGACGAGCUGGCUCCUGGUGACCUCAUCUGCCCACAGGGAGGCCGUGCUGCUCACCUGCCAGGUGGAGCAUGACGGGCAGCCGGCGGUCACCAAAAGCUAUACCCUGGAGCCCGCUGCUCCCCAGAAGGACCAGGGCACCACCAAUAAACCCCCUGGCCCAGAGCUGUCUUCUCCUCUCCUGGCAGCUCUCCUCCUAGGCCCCAAGGUGUUGCUGGUGGUUGGUGUCUCUGUCAUCGGUGUCUACAGGAAGUGCUGGGCUUGACUGUGCCACCAUAGUCUCUGCUGCCUCCUUCCCUCCCUGAGGGGCCCAGC